AUGGUCGCGCUCGCUGGCGCUGGCCAGGCUGACCACGAGGUUAUCUCGGCAGAGAUACAAACCAUAUCCCGUGCGCUGCAAGAGGCUGGUAGCUCCGAGCGUGGUUUUGUCGACCUUUUCAAGGAUAACCGUCAGCGUCUCUUCUAUCGUUUUUGCCUUGCCAUUGGCGUUAACUUCGGUGCACAAAUGACGGGUGCCAAUGCAAUUUCUUAUUAUGGUACAACCAUAUUUCGGUCGUCCCUUGGCUUACCAGCGCAAAAGGCAUCACUCCUUAAUGCCGGCGUGCUCACUUGGAAGAUCGUUGCUGCCAUCUCAGCUUAUGUCACCGUUGAUCGCUUUGGGCGAAAGCCGCUCUUCAUCAUCGCCAGCAUGGGGAUGAGUGUAAGCAUGGCUUCACUGGCCGUGAGCGUCUGGGUCGUACAGAAUCACUAUACAUAUGCAGCCUCCGUGGCGGCCACUUUCUUCCUUUUCUUCUACAUGACAUUCUUCCCACUCGGCUUCCUUGGUGCGAAUUUCCUGUAUAGCACGGAAAUUGCCCCGCAGGAUCUGCGCAUGCAUCUGUCCGCCAUUGGAACAGCGACACAUUGGCUUUUCAACUUUGUCAUUGCGGAAAUUACACCCAUCGCUUUCGUGACGAUCAAGUACCGCUAUUACAUUGUGUAUGCCGUCAUUGCUGCCUCUGUUGCAAUUUUGAUAUUUUUCUUCUUCCCCGAAACCAGAGGCCUCUCGCUUGAAGAAAUGAACAACCUCUUCCAGGAUCCCAAGCACUGGUGGCAAGUCACCAACUACUCCAACGCACUGCGAAAGUGCGGAGUACUGGAGCUUGAGACUAGUGAGAAGAUGGAGGCAGUCCGUCAUAUUGAAGAAGCCGAUAAUUGA